AUUUGCUAUUUAAGACAAAUAUUUCGUUCUCUUUUAAGCUCAUUAGUUAGUGCUUCAUGCUAAUGUUACGGUGUGGUUCAUUUUUAAGAUACGUUUCAUAUUCGAUUAUAACGUAAUUCUAUAUUGUUCGCUAGAGUUACUGCAGUUAGCAUCAUUAUUGAAUGAACGCGACUCUCGCAGUUUGCCGAAUGUUUCUUCAGCUUGUUCACUCGUUUUCCCGUGUCACUUUGUUGUAAAGUAUUUGCUAUCAUGAGUGACAGUGACGAUGAUGUGCCUCAGCUCUCUGCGGCUACACUAGCGGCGUUGCAAGAUUUUUAUGCCGAGAGUGGAAGGACGGUUUUGGGACAAGACUCAACCCCGACUGACAAGUUUUCUGUUGGUGCAAUGGAGGAAGACUGGCACAUGAGUCAAUUCUGGUACAGUGAGGAGACGGCCACACGGUUAGCAGAGGAAGUCAUACAGCAGGCGGGCAAAAAUGGGAGGAUAGCUUGUGUGAGUGCACCUAGUGUGUAUCAAAAGCUGAAGCAGUUGGAAUCCGAGAGGUUAGACGGUGUCUCUGCUGUUUUGAUGGAGUAUGACCGACGUUUUUCAGCUUAUGGAGAUGAGUUCAUCUUUUACGAUUAUAACAACCCUCUUUGCCUUCCUGAGGAUGUCCCUUCUCAGAGCUUCGACAUUGUGCUCGCAGACCCUCCAUACCUGUCUGAGGAGUGCCUCAGCAAGGUGGCGCUCACCAUUAAACACCUCACUAAGGGCAAAAUCUUGCUCUGCACUGGAGCUAUUAUGGAGGAGCACGCAGGGAAACUUAUGGAUCUGAAGAAGUGCAGUUUUUCCCCAAAACACAAUCACAAUCUGGCCAAUGAGUUCCGCUGCUACGUUAACUACGAAUCAAGCCUUCUGUCUUGAAAAGGCUUUGAAUCUGACAUUU